AUGACAGAUCUCACCCACGCUCAAGUUUUCAGUUCCCAUGAAGAGAAAGAAGGACUUGAGAUUACUGUUCCUCUUCUCCAUUUUCUCCCAACGGCUCAAAUACACUUUUUAGUUUCUCUACUAUUUGUUACAAAUUACUUCAUAUCAGGAUUAGUCUCAUCACCAACAUUCACAUUUGUAAACAAGUGUGACCACCCAGUAUGGCCAGGCGUAACUUCACCAUUCAACACCACCGGUUUUGCCCUCCAAAAGGGCGAGUCCAAGACCCUAAACGCGCCAUCAGCGUGGCGUGGCCGGUUCUGGGGUCGGACGCAGUGUACCGAAGAUUCCAGGGGAAAUUUCACCUGCGUUACAGGGGAUUGUGGUUCAGGAAAGCUACAGUGCUCUGGGGGUCCUGCACCUCCCGUCACAUUGGUGGAGUUUUCAGCGGACGCUACUGGCUUCAUCGAUUUCUAUGACAUCAGCUUGGUCGAUGGGUACAACCUUCCCAUUCUGGUGGGUCCUCGGGACGUUGGCGAAAUCAGCUGUAAAACCAUCGGAUGUGUGGUGGAUUUGGACGUGGCGUGUCCUCCGGAGCUGAAGGCGCGUUUAAUACACGCGACACUUGCAAGCCCUCGUCAUACUCGCAGUUGUUCAAGAGGGCGUGUCCAUGCACCUACAGUUAUCCUUUCGAUGACACACCCGGUGUCUUCUCCUGCGCCGGUGACGACUACCUUAUUACCUUUUGCCCCAGGACGAGGCGUAACUUCACCAUUCAACACCACCGGUUUUGCCCUCCAAAAGGGCGAGUCCAAGACCCUAAACGCGCCAUCAGCGUGGCGUGGCCGGUUCUGGGGUCGGACGCAGUGUACCGAAGAUUCCAGGGGAAAUUUCACCUGCGUUACAGGGGAUUGUGGUUCAGGAAAGCUACAGUGCUCUGGGGGUCCUGCACCUCCCGUCACAUUGGUGGAGUUUUCAGCGGACGCUACUGGCUUCAUCGAUUUCUAUGACAUCAGCUUGGUCGAUGGGUACAACCUUCCCAUUCUGGUGGGUCCUCGGGACGUUGGCGAAAUCAGCUGUAAAACCAUCGGAUGUGUGGUGGAUUUGGACGUGGCGUGUCCUCCGGAGCUGAAGGUGACGAGCAAUGACGGAUCGAGCGUGGCGUGUAAGGGCGCUUGUCAUGCUUUUGAACAAGAUCAGUACUGUUGUACAGGCGCGUUUAAUACACGCGACACUUGCAAGCCCUCGUCAUACUCGCAGUUGUUCAAGAGGGCGUGUCCAUGCACCUACAGUUAUCCUUUCGAUGACACACCCGGUGUCUUCUCCUGCGCCGGUGACGACUACCUUAUUACCUUUUGCCCCAGGACGAGUGUCUGUCCUGCCCAUCUUUCAACCGAAGUCGCUGGAUCUCCGUAUGACGCUCCAAGUCCAUUGCCAGAAAUUGUGUCAUCUACAAGAAAACAAACAAAUUUAGCAGCAAUAAUAGCAGGGUCCAGUGCUGGUGCUUUUGUCCUUGUCUGCAUUGCAACUGCAAUCCUAGUGAUGCGGGGGAAAAGGAACGAGGAUGAUAAGGAAGUCUAUAUCGGGCAUGUCCCGGGAAUGCCCAUGAGGUUUUCAUAUAAAGAACUACGUGUUGCAACAGAGGAUUUUAAGGAUAUAAUUGUCGACAUCUAUAGCUUUGGGAUUGUUGUUCUUGAAAUAGUUUGUGGGCGGAAAAAUUUUGAUCGCCAAUGGUCAGAAUCUAGCUCACACUUGCUUAGACUGUUGCAGAAGAAGGCCAAAGAGGAUAAAUUACUUGACUUGGUUGAAAACUGGGAGGAAGGCAUAGAAGGUCAUGCGGAAGAACUGGUUAGGAUGAUAAAGAUUGCAGCGUGGUGUUUGCAAGAUGAUCACACAAAGAGGCCUUCCAUGUCAACAGUGGUGAAGGUCUUGGAAGGGCUAAUUGGGGUGGAUCCCAACAUCAGCUAUAAUUUCACUCAUGCAAUGGAAUCUCACAUUGUAACAGAGGACCAUGCUUCUGCACCAGCACAAGCUUCUGUUCUUUCUGGUCCUAGAUGA